AUGAAGACUGAUUGGGAAAAAUACACUCAUCUUCAACUAUUUUUAAAAUACUCCUUAAACUCUCAAAAAAAUCCAUCACAAAUUGUUAAUCAUAUUCUUUCCUUUGUUAAUUUCAAUUCUAAUUCUAACGUACCAAUCAACGUAAAUGAUUCGUCAGAAAAAAGGAAAUUAAAUCAUUUAUCAAAUUAUUGUAAAAUUAGGAAAAUUAAUAACGAUAAAGCUAAUAAUUGUAAUUAUAUAGAAAAUGGAAAUCAUAUUUCAAACAUUGAAACUAAUACCACUAAUACAAAUAAUACAAAUAAUACUAAUUUGACAAUUAGAGAGGAAAAUAACUCUAUAGAAGAUACUUCUGCGAAUGAUGACAGGAAUGUGGAGAAUGGUAGUGAUUUAAUAUUUGAUAUGAAGUAUUGUAGCUUACAGUUACCAAUACCAUUAGAAGUGUAUCAGAGCGAUGAGGGAUUAUAUACACUGGAAAGUGACCAGAGUGAGUUAAUAACGAGUUAUGACGUAUGUUUCGAUGAGGAAAUGGCGAGUAAUUUUAUAAUGGUUGAACCUUUUCGGUUCUUAUGCAAAGUUCACAUUACAUUUGAUGAUAAAUUGGGUCACCAGUGGUGUUGCUGUUACUUUGACGCCAGAGGCAACUGUACCAAAAAAAGAUUCAACACCUCAAGUUUGGCCUUCAACACAGCUAAAAUGCUCGCUCACAGAUGUAAAGAAGCUGCUGAACACUCGUUUCACAAUAUUUGGAUUUUAAAACAUAAAGAUGCUCUAAAUUGGCCUAUUCCAACUAAUCUUACUAAUUCAUUCAUUGAUCUUAUUGAUAAAGUUAAAAACGAGUUAACUAAUAAAAACUGCCCUAACUGCUCUAUAAAUAACAUUAAACACAUUCUUAACUCCUUUUAA